CCUAUAUUUCUGCGAGUUGUGAUUGUGGUUUUGACUUGUGAUUCAGUGAUCAGUACAAACUACCCACUGAGUAUUCGACUACCUAUUCGGAUUUCAGUAUCCUUCGUGUCGAUAGACUAAAAUUAUUCUUGGCUAGUUGUAAGAUACCUACUGUACAAUUUAAAGACGAGUUUAUAUAUUUUUAAAACAGCAGUGAAGGUGAUCCUACCAUGUCCACAAACGUUUUUUCUGAAUCAUCAUCUAUCUUUAAAGAUAAGGACAGAUACGGUAAGGCGUGGAGUGCUUCGUCAUCAUCGGAAGAAUCGGACUCGGAUUCUGAGGUUGAUCUUGGCGAGUUGAACUACCGGGAACAAGAAUGUGCAGAAUGGAAGACGUCGGGCACCCUCAAUAAGUUUCCUUUUACCAGUGUUGGUCAAUUUAAUAUUGGCAAAGCAGAAAAUCCUAUAGAUUUUUUUGAAAUUAUGUUUAACCCAUUAUUUAUAACUACUCUCGUGGAUAGUAUUAAUACAAACGCGACGAGUGUUUUGGCAGCCUGCAACCAACCCCACAGCAGAAUAAACAGUUGGAAACACACAACAGUAAAAGAAAUACGAAUUUUUAUAGCGUUACUUUUUCAUAUGGGACAUAUACGCUUGGACAAACUUAAUGAUUAUUGGAAAACAGAUAUUUUAUUUGAUUUACCUUUCAAGAACUUUAUGUCCCGUGAUCGUUUUCUUAUACUCUAUCAAAACUUAUGUUUCACAGAUUCAAAUACAUAUACGUCAGAUUACAGUCGAUUUACUACACCUGUUAUAAACUAUUUUAACAGUUUAAUGAAAAAUUUAGUUGCACCCCCUAAAAAUUUAACAAUUAGCGAAAUUUUAAACAGAAAAUUAACUAUUAGGGAGAACGGUCACAGAUAUGGAGUAAAAUUAUAUGUCUUAACGGACACUUAUGGUAUAACUCACAAAAUGUAUUUGUAUAGUGGCACCCAUGACACUGAUCUUCGAGGAAAGGGUCAUUCUGAAAAAAUAGUUUUGUUUCUUAUGCAAGAUUUAUUUAAUAUGGGACAUUCACUAUAUACAGACAAAUAUUACAACAGUGUGUCAUUAGCUGAAAAACUUUUAGAGAAGCGUACUUAUUUGACAGGCACGCUUAAGAAUAACAAAGUAAGGAAUUCAUCAAUAGCGCGGGUGAAAUUAAAUAAAGGUACAUUCCUUUCAUGGUAUAAUUCAAGGGGAGUCUGUAUCACUAAUUAUAAAAAUGUAAGGAAUGUACUAAUGAUUUCUACCGAGCACCAUGCUACUAUAAUUGAAUGUACUAAUAAACAUGGGGGAUUACGAAAAGCACCCAAAGUUUUUGCCGAAUACAAGAAAAGCAUGAUGGGUGGUGAUAGAGAGAAUCAAAUCUUGUCAUAUUACCCGCCAUCUAAAAAAACAGCCUUUAAAAAUAUUGUCAUACACGUAAUGCAAACCAUGGCAUUAAAUGCUUUCGAAAUGUUCAAUGAACAAGCAAAAGCAUUUGGUGAUAACGGCAUAUCGUAUUUAGAUUUCCGUAUAGAAGUAAUAAAGAAUUUACUAAACAUAAACGUUAAUACAUUAUCUGUUAGUAAUAACAUUUCGCCACACCCCACAGAAAGUAGAAUUGAAGUCUCAAGCGAAGCAAAUAUACAUUUGCCGGAAUGUUUACCCAAAAAUGAUAAAGGAAAAAGUAAAAGGAAAGAUUGCAGAAAUUGUUUAAAGAAACGAAAUGUCCGUAAGGCCACAAUAUUUCACUGUCCCCUGUGCAUAAAAAAGCCUGGUUUGUGUUUAAAAUGCUUUCGGGAAUAUCAUAAUUACUAAUAAUGUCUUUUUCAAUUAAAAUAGAUUACUUAGCGCACUCCUUAAACGCAUCGGCUCAAGAAGCGUGAUUAGAUUUUGCAGAAUUCUGCUACUUAACAGAAUCUAUUGAAAACUUAAUAGACUUUAAAUUAGUUUAACAUCACGCUAAGGUAAUUUAGUUUUAUAAACUGAUUUUUUUUUUUUGAAAAAAAAUAACCUUUUUAAAUACGAGUAGCUAGUAAAACUAGCUUGUUCUUUUUUAUGGAAGAGGAGUACAAACGAGCGUACGGGUCACCUGAUGAUAAGUGAUCGCUCCCGACUGUGAUUCCCGAGGAAUUACAGGAGCGCUGCCUUAUUAAACAAUAUGGACACAAUGUUUUAAUAUAUUUGUGUGCUUCUGUUCAAUGGGUUUUAUCUCACAAUGAUGAUUUCGGCACAGACAUUAUAAAGAGUAGCAGACCAAACAUACGCUAAAAAUGGCGGAGCCAAAAUACGCAUAUAGGGAGUGUUGCCGCUACAGGGCCGCACUAGAACCGCUUAUCACUUAUUGUAUAAAGAUCUUAGAUAAAGAUUGUAGACGUAUAAAUCUAAGCAUAAUAUCUCCUAUAAAAUUAUAAGGUAUAUCGUAAUAUAUCUUUCAACUUUAAUCCACGGCGGCGCAAUGGGUUGUACCAAUGUGUUUUCGGUUAUCGAAUUCAUAAUAAAAAAUAAAGUAUGUUCGUAGCUAUGAGGUAGGCAACGCCUUUGUGAUUCCUCUGGUGUUACAAGAGAGGCUUCGGUGAUCAUACCAUCAUCACAUAUUUGGUUUGAUAAAUGUUUAUUGAGUUUGAGAUCAAUUAAAUAUUCUUUUUAGUUCUGCAAAGUUAGAACUCCUUCUAUAUUGUUUGAUUAAUAUAAUAUAAUCUUACUCUUUUAAAAAACUUUUUUUUUUCUGGUAAAACUAACUUUGUGUUUAAAUAUUUUGACAGUUUAAAUUUAUGAUUUUAUGGUUACCAUAGUAAAUAUUGUUCUUGUAGAAAAAACAAGACGUAGCAGCUUGCCAGAUGAAACUGAGGAUUUCGACUUUACCAGGAACUUCAAAUGUAUUGUUGCUUACCAUAUUAUCAUGUUUUCUUGCCGAACAUCGAUUUUCUUUAUUUCGAUCUGACUCUCCCUGACUCUGAUAGACGAUCAGCGCAAAGCGAGUGAAGUUGACCCUAACAUCGAAUCCCUAUGUAUUUUGAUGGUAGGGAAAAAAUUCGAUCUCUAGCAAGAAAAACGUGAUGAAUGGUUAAGUUAUAAUAUAUUUGAAGCUAUUAUUAUUAAUAGUCAUAAUAGGUAUAAUAGAAGUUGCAUAACUGUAAAUAUCUUCAAAUACAAUUGUGAAAAAUUGUUAAUGAACGGUGUUUUGUUAAUUUGUUUUAAGUUAUUUUUGAAUCGUUACAGUAAAGUGAUUUAUCUAUGUAUAUGAAUAUAAAAAGAUAUUUGGGCUAUGAAUGUGUUUUUAUUUAUAUAAUGUACGGUGGUUGAUAGCGUUAAAAAAGUACAUGCAAGUGUUUUAA